GUUAGAAACACGUCAUGAUAAUUUGAAAAAAGCAAGGAAAUCUAUGAGAUAUGCGGCAGAAGACUUGAAAAAGGGUUUAGACGCUAUAGAUGGAGGCAUGCGAGUAUUAAAAGCGAGCAAAAUUUUCAAAAUUCCAAGAACAACCCUUAUUUAUAAACAUAAAGGAUUAUACCCUAAAGAAUGCAGAAAAGGACCGCCAACAAAUUUAACACCUGAUGAAGAAAAAUCUUUAGUAAAAUGGUUAAGUCAUAUUGGUGACUAUGGCUUUCCUGCAACAAAGAAUCAACUUUUAGUCUCUGUAGAAAUGUUGAUGAAAAAUUUAAACAGACUUAACAAUUUUAGUAAUCAUCGGCCUCGAAAUAAAUGGUAUUCUUGUUUUAUGUAUCGUCAUCCGGAAUUAUCAGUACGAAUGUCACAGAAUUUGACAAAGGCGCGAUCGAAUAUAAUAGAGCAAAAAAUACGCAACUGGUUCAACGAAAUAGAAAAUUUCCUAGAAAAUAAUCAUUUUUACCAUAUAUUAAAUGACAGUCAACACUUUUCAAUGCAGACGAAACUGCUGUUUUUUAACCCAAAAGUAAAGAAAGUUAUACCUAGAAGAGGAGAAUUCACAGUAUAUAACUUUAUUAACAACGACGUAAAGGAGUGCCUAACGAUACUUAUAACUGCCAGUGCAGCUGGUCAGCUUGCACCACCAAUGGUCAUCUUUUCCUAUAAUCCAAAAUUGCACCGCAGACUUUGAUUGAGUUUAAAUCAUAUGGAGCUGUUUGGCCAGGUAGAAUGGAAGACACUUUUUUGUUUGAAGUUUGGAGUAACAUAUAUUCCGAAGUUAAUUUAUUAAAACUAACAAGAACACAUUCCGAAAAUCAAGAUAGUAAUAGCAGUA